GGGGAAGACUCCCGCCCCCUCGCAGGUCCCCACCGCCCUGGGGGCCAGGCCAGCGCGGAAAGGCUACCGCUUUGAAGAGAGCCGCAGGGCAAGCUGAGCGCACGCACGCACGCAGGCAGGGCGGAGCCGCGGCGCUUGGAUUGGCCGAAGUCUCGCCUUUCGUCGCCGCCUCGCUCUUCCCCGUCUCUCCCGCGUCUCCGCCUGUCACUCUUGUCCGAACAGAAGCUCUCCAGGCUACGAGGUGAACCCUUGCGCGGCAGCCCACUCUGCGCUGCUGCCGCCGCCGCCACCAGCACCACCAUGCACCUCUGCAGCUUCGCGUGGCGCCCUCUGGCCCGCCGCCUCACGCAAGGGGCUGCCCCUUUCGUCCGCGGACACGUACCUUUCCGCCAGAUGUCAUCUGGAAGCGUUCCUGGAUCUUCUGGGGAGAACUUUAUUUAUUAUCUGCUUGUUGCUGGUGCUGCUGCUGCAGGAGGUUUUUUAGCCUACAGAACGGUUACUUCUGACAAAUCCAGGUACAACGAACGUAUCACUGAUAUGCAGCAAAGAACUGUAGCAGAAUGGAAACCAAAACCGUGGCCUCCUCAGUCCUUAGAAAACGAUGAAACAGAAGCAAACGAAACUACUGAUGCAAGUGAGGAAGUAAAGGAUGCAGUUGAAGAAGAGACUGCAGCAGUAACUACUGGUGAAUCGGAAGUGCAAAAUGAAAAGCGCACUGAAUCUGCAGAAGCACAGAGAGAAGACGAAUCGCCUGUUGAAGAGGCAUCCUCUGGUGUGCAAGAAGAGCAAGAUGCUCCUUCCAGCUCAGAGGCAGCCCAAACGCAAGGUUAACAUUACAAAUGGAAAUCUGUAGGCAUUUUACCUUGUAUCACAGGAAGCACUGCUUUGCUCGCGUUAACAUAGUAUUCCACACAGAAUAAACUUGUAUUUUAAAACCUUAAUUGAAUUUUAAUAUAAAUGAGAUAUGAUUUCAGCUGCAGUUUCCAAGUUUAAUUCAUACAACUUAUUUUAGGUAGUUUGUUGCAAAAUAUUUCUGGAAGAAGGAGCCCUAAUUUGCCAUUUGUGGUAGAAGGCUCCUGAUUUUGUCCAGAAGAAAUAGCUGAACAUGCCUAGAGAGUGUGUUAUAAAUAGAAUUGAGUGCAGUUCAGUGUGCUCUUUCUCUCCUAAAUGCACAAGCUGUAAGAUGUGUAGAGAGGCAUUUUGGCCCAUUAGAAAUAUAUUUACUAUUACAAAAUCUUGUGUGGUUUUCUUCUGCUGCCAAAUCCAUUGCAUUUCUGAAUUUUUUUUUUAAAAAACAACAUUAUUAUUAUUUUUGGCGUGUUUCCAAAACCAUCCAUUAUUUGGAGGGUUGUAUUCAAUGCUUCUCUCACUCAGGGUGGAUACUUUGAAAUGAAUGAACCCAAGUUAAACAUGUCCAUUAACAUCAAUGUUUCUACUCUGAGUAGAGACAAGCAGAGAAUACCACCUAUAAUUUUGAGUGCUUUUCAGACUUCAUUAUGCGAAGAAUGAGAAUGUGAUUUCUGAUUAGCCCUAAAAACAAUGACCAAAUAAGACCAUUCCAAAAUAAUUUUGAUGGCUGCGAUCCAGGAAGUGAGUAACAUGAAUGCAUUCUAGGCUCUGUUUCAUUGCUGGCCAUGGAAAUAUAUUUCCUUGCAACUCUUUGUAUUAUGUAGUGGACAGUGGAACCUGACACUGUACAGCAUUCUCUUAAUCACAGAUAAUGCCUUCAGCAUUAAACUGGUAAAAACUAGAUGAAUAAAACAUAGGCCUUUAUUAGGAAGGGCUCUAUAGUACCAACACACCCCUUAGUCAUCUGAUUUGUAUCCAUCAUUAAGUAAUUUGUAACGUGAGUUCAGUUUUGUCAUUGCUGGUGAUGUUGCAGUUAAAAAGACCUGAUCUUAAAUAAUUUAUAGAAGCAAGCCUUAUCUGGACAAGACACUCUUGCCAGAGGGAAGGGGGUGGGGAGGUGAUUUUUGCAAAUACCCAAAGCACUCUGUACCUUCCCAAAAUCUGUUUUGGAGGUUUUUAGGGGUCCUCUGGAAGGGUAUGGAAAUUGGCUUGGGAGACCGCAGAAAGAAUUGGAAUGGGUGGAGCUUAGAGGAGAAGGAUUUAAAUCCCCACUUGGCUAUGAAGCACACUGGGUGACCGUGGGCCAGCUACUCCCUCUCAGCCUAACCUACUUCACAGGGUUGUUGUUGGGGGGAUUAAAUGGGGAGGGGGAGAACCAUGUAUGCCACCUAGAGCGCCUUGGAGAAAAGGGUGGGAUAUAAAUGCAAUACAUAAAUUACAAUUUUUUAUUAAAAAACAACAACACAACCUUCCUGCGGUAGAAAUUCCCAACCAAACUUCCAAGUCUGUUUGGGACUUUUUACAUUCUUGCAACAUAACUGUCCCAUUUUAUGUAAAUAACUGCAUUAUAUUUAGCUAGCUAGCUUAGUUUUGUUUAUCAAUAACUAACUGGGAUGUCAAGUUUUCCACAGCCAUGAAGCUUGAAAUGCUGUGAACGGGGCAAGCCAACUGAACUCCAGACCUUAUAGAUGGAAAUAAUUGUCUGCUACUGUAUUACAGCUUUCCCCUGGCUUCAUGAGAAUGCCAAUUUGGCUUCCCAGAAAUAGCUCUGUGUGCAUAAUGUGCACACACUGCUAUUUCCGAAGCUGAAGAGAAUGGGAUGAAAACACUGAUAUAAUGAGAUGCAAUACAAUUAAAUAUAAGCAAUACUAGUGAAAACCACGAGCAGAGCUGGAGAAAUUCCAGUUUUAAUGUGUAAAAGUACUCAAGCUGGCACAAUAAACUUAAUUUUGUUUUUUAACAUAGGUGAUUUCCAUUACUGUAUCUCCAAAUGGAACUGCUAAAUUCAUUUAAGAACAUUAGGAGAUCAGAUAGAAAUAUAGCUGCUUUAUUUCAGCUGCAAAAUAAAGGGGUUCUCAAAUUUUCCUUACAACGCUUCAACUUUUGAGGGGGAAGCACCUUUCCCCAAACAUAUAGUUGGAAAAACAAUUAGUAAGCACAGUCAUAAUGUAGUAUUGCACUGAAAUAUUUUGUAUUAACAGAAUUGAAGAUUUGAAUUCCUAAUUAAGAUCAUUUUCACAUGGAAUAAUGAUACCGGGAAACAGAAUGCUGAAAUCUGUGUCUUGCCUACCUCUUAAUAAAGGAUUUUGUUUUACAA